AUGUCCCAUUCCAUGACUCUCGACGCAGACGACCCUCACAUCUCUAUACCUCUUGGAAUCACUGUCGGACUCUUAUGUUCCUUCAUACAAUCUCUUGGCUUGACCAUCCAGCGCAAGAGCCAUGUACAGAAUCAGGCGUUGCCAGAGUCUGAACAGAAAGUGGAACACCGCAGACCACUUUGGCUCUUAGGCUUUGGUAUCUUCAUCUCGUCAAACCUCUUUGGAUCUAUAUUCCAGAUUGCCUCGUUACCCGUUGUCAUCCUCGCCCCGCUUGGGGCUGUCUCGCUUCUAUGGAACGCAUUUUUCGCUCGUUUCAUCUUGGGAGAUGUGUUCUCGCCGUGGAUGGUUCUCAGCACCCUCUGUAUAGCUGGCGGAGCCGUUUUGAUCGCUGUCUUCGGUAUCGUACCUGAACCGACGCGCUCCUUGGAAGACCUCCUGGAACUAUUCAGCAGGCCCACAUUCAUUGUCUACUUCUCGUUGCUAGGCGUGUUUACUGUUGUCUGUCUGGCGAUCACUCAUGCAGUGGAAUACACCUCCUCGAGACGUAUUGCGCUGCCCGCAGAUACACCUCCGUUGUCUCCUCUUCUCGUACCGACCUCCGACCCCACGGUCUUGACCAAUGCUGCGAUACCCAAUGCGAGCGUUGAGGGACAGAACCAUAACGCAAUUGAAAGCUCGCCUCUCCUCGACCCGAAAUCCUCUCGCACAUCAUCCUUGUCCCCACCAGUGUCCCUAUCCUCUUACAUCUCGUUAUCCCACACACCUCUCUUCCUCGCAAUGUCAUACGCUUCCUUUUCCGGCAUCAUCUCGGGAAUGUGCCUGCUUCUGGCCAAGAGCGGAGUCGAGCUACUCGUCUUGACCAUCGCCGGCAAGAACCAGUUUUGGCGAUGGCAGUCCUGGGUCCUCGUCCUUGGCCUAGGUAUAUGCGCGUUGCUACAACUAUGGUACAUGCACAAGAGCCUGGUGCUUGCAGACCCGACUCUAGUCUGUCCACUCGCAUUCUGUUUCUACAAUCUGUCUUCCAUAGUCAACGGUCUGAUCUACUUCAACCAAUUUCAGCUGCUCUCGACGACCCAUCUACUUCUCGUCGUGCUGGGAAUUGUCGUUCUCCUUGCUGGUGUAUGGAUUGUAUCAUUCCCUCCGAGUGGCUCACAUCGGGUCGACCUAUCGCACUGGGACGAGUCCGAGGGCGAGGAAGACGAGGAGUUUGUCCGUUACGAAGAUGAGCCUCUGCCCAUGGCUGGGACUCUCCAUCCAGACGAUGAAGAAAUCGGGUUGGGCAGAGUAUCCACUUCUCGCGAGCGCCCUGCGUCGGAGCCCCCACUGUUGGUCGAUCUGGGAAGCGACGACGAAGGCGAGCAUUGUGCGGCAACCACCGAACCGCCCGUGGAAAGUUCCGUGCACCUUUCGCCGAGGAGCAAUCACCGCGACAAGUUUCAUGCGCGGAGACAAACAGACUCUGCGCUGUUGUCUUCCCACUAUGGCGUCGCCCCGACACUAUCGCCGACGCGGCCGACACAUCCCCUCCAGCACUCUCCGUCGCGGGCAAGGCACCGAAUCACGGUCGGGCAUCACAGCACGCUUGGCCCCCUCUCGCCGCGGCACGGCCACAGCACUCACACGUACCCACUCUCGCCCGGCGCGCCGAGCGGGUUCUCCAUCGGUCUCUCGCCGAUCAGCCCAGGGUUUUCUCUUGUCCCUGCAGAUCGGAUACCGAGGCGGCGGCGGGUGACGAGCCUGACGAGCGUGGAUGCCGCCGCGGACGUCUUUGGCGGUGGCCGCCACAGCAGGCCGGUGCGGCGCGUGAUCAGCGAGGGAAGCGGAGAUGAUUUGGCGGGUUCGGGAGAGUGGAGGGCCGACGUCGAGGGACAGCAAGGACAGGCAAGCGAAGGUAGGGAACAGAGUAGCAAUGGACAGAGAAGUGCAAGGGGACGGUGGAAGUGGGUUUCUGGCGUGCUGGCCUUUAAGCGGCAGCGAUGAGCCAUCUAGUUCCCUAUAUAUAUCCGGAUAUCCAGACUCACAAUAUCAUUUGUAAGUUAACUUAUCGCAUCCUUUCUUAAAUUUCAUUCAGACAAUGUACGCAUAUAACACAUCGGAUAUCGUACAAAUGUGAUUGACUAUAGAGCACUACUUUUUCUCUCCACGUUCAGAAAGC